CAGUAAAUCCAAAGGAAUCAUGAAGGAUUAGGACAGAAAGAUGGAAUCGGUCGUAUUAGUUUUAUAUGAUGGAUUUGUCAUGCCAACAAAGAUCAGAGAUGUAACAAAAAAUUCUCUUCAAGAGCGAUGGUAGAUAAACAGAAAGAAGGUUGUGAAGUUCAGAAACAGUAUGAAAAAUAUGGGCCUACCACUACCAUUUGUAACUAUGUUGAGAAAAAUUUCCAUGAGAAGGAUGAAAAUCCAUUUCUGUUCGUGUUUGAUUUGGAGAUUGACCAAAAGCGUCCUAAGAAUCAAGCUACCUCUGUUGAUCUUGGGAAGCUGAGAGAGGGGUCGACUCCUACAGCACAACUACAGGCCGAGGGAAAGAAAGAGAAAGAUUUGAAUAAAGACAAAAAAGAAAUUGGAGCAUUGAAUAAAGAUGCCACAUCUUCACCUCCUUUAGAAAAAGAACAAGAUGAAAUGACAACAGAAAAAGAAAGGGAUAGAGCAUUUAAUAGGGAUGUCAUAUCAUCACGGUCUUUUGAGAAGAAAGAGGAAGAUCUGAAUGCAGAAAAAAUUGGGCCUAAAGCGUGGGAUGAGGUUGCCAUGUCUUCACCUACUUUUAAGAAGAAAAAGGAAGAUCUUAAUGCAGACAAAAUUGGGUCCAAAGCGUCGGAUGAGGUUGCCAUGUCUUCAACUUCUUUUGAGAGGAAAGAGGAAGAUCUGAAUGCAGACAAAAUUGGGCCCAAAGAAUUGGAUGAGGUUGCCAUGUCUUCACCUUCUUUUGAAAAGAAAGAGGAAGAUCUGAAGGCAGACAAAAUUGGGCCCAAAGCGUCAGAUGAGGUUGCCAUGUCUUCGCCAAAUGUUUUGGAAAGGGAGGAAGAAAAUCUGAACACUUCCAAAAAGUCAUUUAAAGCAGCAAACAAGAAUAAGUUCAAGGAUGAAAAAAUUGAGAGGAAAAGAGCAGAUGGUGAUCCACGGCAAGAUUUGUCACCAAUCAUGAUUCUCGAACAGUUCUUCAAAAGGAUUGUUUCAUCAGAGAUUGGCAAGGUUCUCCUGUUACUAUGUUUUGCUUCAUUAGUGAUUGGCAAAUCUGAGGGAAAUCAGGAACCCAACUGUGAUCCACCUAAAGAGCCGAUUUCAAAGCUUUAUUUCUUGAAACGAAACGAAACAUGCAAUUCUCACAUCGUCAACUUGCAAUGCGGAAAUGAUCUCCAACUUUGUUUGCCUGUCGUCCCUGGAUCAGACCUGGGAGUUGGAUGUGCUCCAGACAGACCGAUAAAUGGAAAAGGCUGUCCAGAAUGGAAUAACGAUAAUGGUUGUUAUGUGUUAAAUGUCAGACACAAUGAAUGUGAGACCUGCAGCGACUACUACCUACUUUCAAAUUCAAGGGAAGUGGCAAAUUGUUUCAAAGAUAAAAGAGCUACGACAACUGAACAAACCACAGGUACCAGUGCUAAAGGAACUUGUGACAAAAGGAGCAGUCUUGAACAUGGAGAUGAGACAACAGCAGGCUCACCCAAUAAAACCUCUGGGAAGUCUGAAGGCAAUAAUGAGCCUGAGGUAGGAAUUAUUAUUCCUGUAGUCUUGUCAGCUGCUGCUUCUAUUUUCAUUGUAACAGUUGCUGUAAUUAAAUUUAAAUUGCAAAAU